GGUUGGUCGGUAGGGUCAAAGUUGACAAAAACCUUCUCGACUUCCUUUCUCGAUAGCGGCGGCCGUAGAACAGCAUCAAAAUGGGCAAGUUUAUGAAGCCUGGGAAGGUGGUGAUGGUCCUAGCUGGACGCUACGCCGGGCGCAAAGCUGUCAUCGUGAAGAACAUUGAUGACGGCACAGCCGACCGUCCUUACAGCCACGCUCUGGUCGCAGGCAUCGACCGCUACCCCCGUAAGGUGACCACCACCAUGGGCAAAAAGAAGAUUGCCAAGAGGUCUAAGAUCAAGGCCUUCGUCAAGGUGUUCAACUACAACCACCUCAUGCCCACCAGAUACUCUGUGGAUAUUCCUCUGGACAAAACUGUUGUCAACAAGGACGUCUUCAGGGAUCCUGCUCUCAAGCGCAAAGCCAGGCGGGAGGCCAAGGUCAAGUUUGAGGAGAGGUACAAGACGGGCAAGAACAAGUGGUUCUUCCAGAAGCUCAGAUUCUAACUUCACCCCGUUUCACAAAUAAAUGUUUAAAAAUGGA